CACACACAGUAUAUCUCAAUAAACGGGCGACAUAGACAGCCUAGCGUUCAAUGCUCGUGUCGUUGACAAGCAGAUAACAGGCGUGUUAUCGAUGUGAUGACGUGAUCCCGUCACCAUGGCUCCAGCCUCAGCAGCUGAUGAGAGGAGCCCUCUGCUGUUCUCAGGCUUCACAUCACACGCAGAGCUCGGACAGAGCAUGAUGAUGAUGAUGAUGAUGAUGAUGGAGCUGUCAGAGGGAUCUGCCCAGGUGUGUGCGGGAGAUCUAUAGAUGCACACCUGAUGAAACAGCUCGGCAGGUCCACUAACACACCGACCUGACCCGCCGGAUACCGAACGUCGUUUCCCGCUGCUGAUGGAUAUCUGAUUCAGCUUAAAGUACACGGACUCUUGAGAUGCAGGCCGUCAUUGAUCCAGUGCAGAAGUCUUUGGGGCUUUAGUCCUGGACAGAGAGAUCCUCCUGACUGAGGGAGAGACUGGCCACAGAAUAGAGAUGGAGCGUUACAGGGGAGAAAGCGCCAGUGCUCCAGCCAAUGCCACCAACACCACCGCCACCCCAGGAACGGCCUUCCACGUUGAACUGAUGACGGAACGGUUGGCCGUGGUGGCCCUGCUGGCGCUGGUGACGCUGCUGACGGCCGUGGUGAACGGCGCUGUCAUCGUGGCCAUCUGCACCACCAAGAAGCUCCACCUCCCUGCAAACUACCUCAUCUGCUCCCUGGCUGUCACCGACUUCCUGGUGGCCAUGCUGGUGAUGCCCAUCAGCAUCCUCUACAUCACCACCCAGACGUGGUCACUGGGGCAAUUUGUGUGCGAGGCUUGGCUGAGCAUCGACAUGACCUGCUGCACCUGCUCCAUCCUGCACCUGUGCGUGAUCGCACUGGACCGCUACUGGGCCAUCACUAAAGCCAUCGAGUAUGUCCGCAAGAGGACGGCCCAGCGUGCCGGUGUCAUGGUGGCCACUGUCUGGGUGAUUUCCAUCUUCAUCUCCAUACCGCCUCUGUUUUGGAGGCAGCGCGGGGAGAGGACAGGCCUGAAGCAGUGCAUCAUCGAGCACAACCACGUGGGCUACACCAUCUACUCCACGUUCGGUGCUUUCUACAUCCCCAUGACUCUCAUACUCAUCCUUUACUCCCGGAUUUACAGUGCCGCCAAGACGCACUACCAGAAACGCGGCUCUUCACGCCACCUCAGCAGCCGCAGCACAGACAGCACCAACUCACAGAACCACUGCCGGGUCACGCACGCCUUCUGCGUCUCAGAUGGGUCCAACUCUGACCAGACCGUGGAGUUCGACCGCAACCACGUCACCAUCCGUGUGCCAUCGCUUGAUAUGGAGACGGCGGAGUUGGACGAGAGGAACCAGAUCUGUACGUCUCGGGAGAGGAAGGCAGCUCGGAUUUUGGGGCUCAUCCUGGGAGCCUUUAUCCUUUGCUGGCUCCCGUUCUUCCUGAAAGAGCUGCUGGUGGGCCUGAAUGUGCUGAACCCCUCGCGUCAUGUGUCAGAUGCCCUCACCUGGCUGGGCUACAUCAACUCGCUCAUUAACCCACUACUGUAUACCAGCUUCAACGAGGACUUUAAGCAGGCUUUCAAGAGACUGAUCAGGCGUAAGGAGCACACAUAGACGCUUCUAUACAUAGGAAGCUGCUUCAUUGGGAUCAGGACAUUCUGGAACUCCAUUUGAGUUGGAUUUGUACAUCUCAAAGUCUAGCAGCAGUAUGGAAAACAAAAGACACAGUGUCCUCUGGGAAGAGCUGAUCACAUUGUUUUAAUAAAAUCCAAUGAAAAUCCAACGUCUGUUUUUCUAAAGCACAUCAUCAUCUGAUUAUUGAGCAAUGAUGUAAAAUGGCUUGACAAGUGAACCAGUGUACUUCUUGUUCAAACAAGAGAUUAAGGUGGGACACAUCCAGAGGGCUUGUCUUGUGCUUUUUUAUGUAACCAAUAGGCUUCAGGUCAUUUUCAUAGAGUGGUGGAGACAUUCCCAUGCUAGGGAACAUCUUAUUGGUCAAAAUCAGGUGUUACAACCCUGAUAGAGUCUAGGGAUACAGGGGUUUACGUUUAGAAUGGACAAUAAAAGAGAAAUAUAUAUACAAGUUGCGUGCUGUGCAAAGGACCAAAAAGCCAGAUGUCUACAAGUAACAGACGGGUGAAUUUAUUAGGUUCUAAGGCAAAAUGAAAAUAGAGCAGUGAUUAAUUAAAUGAGAAAAUACAAAAGUAUGUAUUUACAAUAUUUACAUCAUGACAUAAGACAAGCUACAAAAAACAGAAGGUGGAAGAAGGGAUGCAGGAGGUGCUAAAGAAACGAAACAAAACCAAAUGAAGUCCAACUUUCAGAUAAACCUUCUAACCUAACUAACAAAUAAUAAAAAUAAAAGUCUUCAGCAUCCGUGAUGCCCUAACUAGACUACGUUUCCUAACCAAAAGUAGAAGGAAUGGCACUCGCCCCUAACCUAAUGUACUAGACAGAGGCAGAUCCUACGUGUUGUUGUUUAUGUCACGCAACAUUCUUAUCUGUCCGCUUCUUCCAAGCCAGUGUAAUAUAUAUUGUUUUAAAGCUAAUGAAAUAUGUCACAUUACAUCGAGGUGAACGGACAUAUAGGAUGAUGUGGAACAUACAAAUAAAACAAGCUACACCAACAAGAUGGUACAUGCAUGUUAGGGGGCUUUCACACUAGCACUUUUGGUGUGCACCCAGGUUCGAGUGACAUCAGAGUUCAGUAUGUUUGGAUGGUGUGAACUAGGGCUGCCACGAUAUCAGAUUUUUCACUACAUGAUUACCGUGGCCUCAAAAAUUCACAAUAACGAUAUAUUGUGAUAGCUAUAGAAUGUCAA